AUGGAAGAUGGUUCUGCAAAAGAGAAGAAGACAGAAGUCCACGGUGGUCAAAAUGUCGACCUUCCACCCGAGAUGAUAGAUGCGAUUCUUUCAAGGGUACCAGUGAAGCCCUUAUGCCGGUUCAAGCUUGUAUCCAAGUCAUGGCAGUCCCUAAUUUCCGACCCUGAUUUCGUCUCAAACUAUUCCAAAACCGCCUUUGAGAAUAAGGACGUCUUCUUCAGCAGACGACGCCUCUUUUUCGCUUUUUUUCGCGGCAGAAAUCUUGUGGUUUACUCUUUGGAUCUUGACCAGAUUCUCAAUAAUGUUGAUGGUUUAGUAGCAGCACCCACUGAGGUCAACUUUGUUUACAAUCAUCUUCGAAAUGAUGCACUUGAUUAUCGCGAUCAUUUUGUCGGUUCUUGCUAUGGCUUGUUCUUGUGCGAGGUACAUUCUAAACCGGACAUACGUGUUUUGAGUUUGAUUAACCCUGUAACCAAGGAAUCGAAAACACUACCAAACACACCAAAAUGGAGACUUCCAAGGAAGCCUUAUGCUAAUAGGAGUUUAUGUGGACUUGGAUUUGAUCACUCCACCAAUGAAUACAAGGUGAUUGACGGGCAGUACACUUAUAGUGUUGGAAUUGUGUUUAGUGUCUAUACAUUGCAGACUGAUUCUUGGCGACAGAUCGACUACUUAUUUCCCUACCACGGUCAAGGUUUACUUGAUCGUGGAGGGAUCCUGGUGAAUGGUGGUGUUCAUUGGUUGGUGGAUAAGGUCACAGAUGGAGCAUCGGUGAUUAUAUCUUUCCUUUUAGCAGAGGAGGAGGUCAAAGAAAUGGCGCUACCGCACAAUGCCCCUGAAUCGCCUGCUUGCAUUCGACUAGGGGCAUUUAGAAACUCGCUAUGCGUAACAUUUUUACGUCGAGAUAACGAGUUUUGGGUAAUGAAGGAGUAUGGAGUGAGGGAUUCUUGGACUAAAAUGCAAGUCUCUCGACCAUAUUUUGAAUUAUCACAUUCCGGUUUCUGGACAGAAUCUCAUGAUUUAAUGUUGUUUAAUAGGUCAUCGUUAGUUAUGCAUAAUUUUAAUGAAGGAACAUCUUGGGAUCUAUCAAUUAGUGACAUGCGCAAAAAUGAUGAUAUCUUUAGCUUUGGUAUCUAUGUGGAGAGCCUACCUUCAGUACUCAUGGCCAACAACAAUGUAGGAGGAGUAGAGAUUGAAGAUGAUCGAAUCCACUCAGUAACAUCCUCGAAUAAUUAUUCUCUUUCUUAUAACAUUACUUCUGCGAUUGUUAUGCUAGCUUGCACCAUUUUGGUGAUGUUACACAUCAAAGCUUUUCAUUGA